AAGGAAAACACAAGAUAAACAACACAGUAAGAAAUAUGUCUGCGUGUUGGCCCUAAGUUCCAAUCUAUAUGCUUAAUGCAAAUGAUUAUAGUAUUCGGAUCUGCUCCGUAUUUAUGACAAGAAUGGUUUUCCGCCGGACUCAAAUUAUCUUUUUUUGGGCGAUUUCGUUGACCGUGGCAAGCAAAACAUCGAAACGAUAUGCCUUCAAUUUUGUUAUAAGAUCAAAUACCCGGAAAAUUUCUUCAUGCUUAGAGGGAAUCAUGAGACAUCAGCGAUCAAUCGUGUAUAUGGCUUUUUUGAAGAAUGCAAUCGCAGAUACCAUUCGACGCGCUUGUGGAACACAUUUCAGGCAAUUCUUGAAAUUCUUCUAGCGAAUACACGUGGUGCUUCGUAUACAUUUGGGCAGGAUGUCGUGGUGGACGUGUGCCAGAAGCUCGACCUGGACCUCAUUGCCCGUGCCCACCAGGUGGUGCAGGAUGGAUAUGAGUUUUUUGCCAAUAGACGCCUGGUCACUAUUUUCUCGGCACCACACUACUGCGGACAGUUCGAUAAUGCCGGCGGAACGAUGACUGUUUCGGAAGAAAUGAACUGCUCAUUCCAGGUUGGAACCAUACUACUCGCUGCUCAACUAACAGUUAGCUCACCCGAAUAG